AUGAGGGGCGCUAUCGAUGCCAAGCUCGUCAUCCUGGGGGCGCAGGGAGUCGGCAAGACGUCGCUCGUUCGGCGCUACCUCAAAAAUACCUUCAACCCAUCGACCACCCACCCCACCGUCGGCGCCGACUUCGACACCAAGCAACUGCGCGACGCCUCCUCCGACACAACCAUCCGCCUCCAAAUCUGGGACACAGCGGGACAAGAACGCUUCCGGAGCAUCUCGCGACUCUACUACCGCGGCGCCGACGCCUGUUUGUUGGUGUACGACAUCACCAACGAAGCCAGCUUCGAAGAACUAACCGGCUGGCUCCGCGAACUUCGCGAAGAACUUGGCGACCCGAGCCAAAACCCAGUCGUCAUCCAAGUCGUGGGCACAAAGACUGACAUCGUGGCCGAAGAUCCAAGCCGUCGGGAGGUCCCCUUUGAGCGGACAAUCGCCUACGUCUCAGACUUCCUGUACCCCUCUCCGCCCCAGACGGCCGAUGCCCCGCGCGCGUCAGCCCUGAGUUUUGCGUCCGGCUUCUUCAGCUCGACUUCUGUCGCUGUAGCCAACGGGGCCUCGGUGUCUGGUAGUCGAAGCACGCUUCUCACGCCAUCGUGUGCAAUCCAGAGUCCUGACAGCAAGCGCAGCUCGACGUUCUGGGGCCAGGAUAUUGGUUGGGAUAGUUGUCAUGAGAUCUCGGCUAAGGAUGGCGAGGGUAUUGAGGAGGUGUUCCAGGUGAUUGCGCGGAAGCUCGUGGAGCAGCAUCAUCGCCGUGCGGAGAAUGCGAUGCACAUGGAUAAUCCUGAUCCUCAGACUGUGAGACCUGGCUCGGCGGGGGCUAAGAGACGGAGUUGGCUUGGGCUUGCGUCGCCUAGUGUGGUGACUGUUACCGAAGAAGAGGAGGUGGGAGCAGGAGCACGCGGGCGGCAGAGCCGCUGCUGUUAG